AGAGGAUGACGCGAGGUUCCGGCCCCCGUGACGUCACGCACCCAAUGUGAGGUCACAGGCUCCUCCCACACCCAUAGAGAACGGAUCCCUGUGCUGCAUACGGUGUGCCUGUCCUUCUCACCGCAGCGCAUUGACCCCGGGAGUAGCCGCCAGCACCAUGUUCCUGUGCCGUAGCACCUGGCAGAGACUGGCCCCGCUCACCCAGCGUAGCGCCGCCACCCUCCUCCUCCGCAAUGCUCCUGUUCGACAGAUGUCGUCCAGCAGUGUGCCUGGCUCUGGUGGGGAAGCACUGCCUUAUUACCUGUUUCUUGGUGUUGCUUUUACAGGUGGCGGAGUUUAUUUGUACCGCACAUUGAGCAGUGAUCGAGCCCGUUUCCGUGACAGACACGAAUACAUCCACACACAGCUGAGACCCGCAGUUGAUUCUCACAGUAAGAAUAGUCUUAUCCCUAUAAUAGUAGGAAGGGUUAUUGUACAUACUUUGCUUACCACUGGGCUAACAGUGAUAGCCCAAGAGGUGAUGACGCUGCAUCAUCUUUACUCAAAUCCUUUAAAAGGUGAAAAGGAAAAAGCCGUUGAAGUGUCUGAAACCACUGAGGAGGAGGGUGUCUCUGCCCUAGAAGAUGCUGCAGCAGAAGAGGUUCCUGAGGAGGAAGCUGUCCUCUCCACAUCUCAGGAGCAAGUUGUGGUGGAAGAGGAGGCUACACCAGCACUUACAGAGCAGGAGCCAGCAUCGAGCCCUGAGGCAGCUACAGUGCAAGUGGAACAAGAACAUAUUGAACCUGCAAAGGAGUCCUCUGAUGUAGAGACAGCUCCUUUGCUUACUGCAAGUUCAGACAAUAUCCCAGAGGAGCUGGCAUCAGCAGCAGAAGACUGGUCUGAACUCUCAGCCAGGAAGCCAGAGGAGGCUGUUGAAGAGAAUGCACCAGCAGCACAAGAAAAUGACGAGAUAGCAGAGACCGAAAAAGCAUCAGAAAGUUCCUAAAGAGAUUGAAAGUUCUUCAAAUAUGUUAAAAAAAUCUCUCACAACCUCUAGUAUUCCUGACAUUGAGCGUUACCCCAAUCCUGGAGAGAUCCAACCAGUGUUAUUGAACCCACCAAACAGUGCUCACUGAUUAAUUCCCAGAAUGUCACAAUUAACCUCUAAUAUUGGGCAGAAUGAUUUACAUAUACUCACUAUCUCUCCUCUCAUUGGUGGAUGGCAAGCAGAGGGAUCUAGAAGAGCUAAUUGUGACAGUUGUUUGAAUUUGCAUCAUAGAAAAUGAUAGAACAUGAUGCUGUUCCUUAUUUACACUGCUGGGAUCUACAUGAUUUUGAAAGUAACCAGGUGUUUUUGAGGUGAGCAGCAGAGUUACUAUAUGGCCAUCUAGCAGGAUGGUGAGAUUUGUACUUGUCCUUGUACAGGUACAGCUGGCUCUUUGUGAUCCUGUAAUACAAUACAGUAACUUGAUAACAAUGUAACGCAUUAAAUAUCAGUUAGUUGAAACAAUUAUACAACUCCAGCAGAGAAAAUGUAUUAAGGAAUGAAACCAGAUUAGAAAUUUGCUGCUCCUAUUGCUUGACAAUCAGAACAUAACUAACUACAGGUGGAUGUGGGGUUUUUAUUAUAAAUGAGGCAAUAGUCCAAUAUGCUGCUGCUACCCAUUAUAACCGAACAAUGCUGUAUAACAAAUUUGUAACCCAGUCAUCAGUCAGGAAAACUGUGAUCUUGUGUAACUUCCCUGUGCACUGGGGCAGGAGAAUACAGAAUACACGUUGCUUUAUGUAUAUACUGUAUGUAGUAUUAUGUAAAGGAUGAAAAGAGUUUAUAACUUUGUACAGAGUGCAUAACAUCUGAUCAUUCUCAAAUGAAACAGGUACACACAUCGGAUGAAGUGGUUCUGUAUGUUCUUGCCGAUACAAGCUUGGCGGCAUUUCCUCACCGCAUAUACAGGCUAUAAUGACACUUACAAUCUGUGUUCUUGAUAUAUGACUAUAUUAGGCCAGGCAUUCUCGUAGACAUACUUUAACAACUUGCUAACCUUACUAUAUGGAAUAUGAAGCAUGUCUGUUACCUGCACCCACUGACACCAUGGCAGCAUGGGAAGAUAACGAUUUGGCUUCUCUAUUAUAUUUAUGCAUUAGAAUCAGUGUCCUGUCUCUUCAAGUCACUGGUUUACUGCUACCUAUAUGCUGAGCUGGGUGAUGGCAGAUAACACUAACAGUAAGCAGUCUCUUCUGUAGAUUGUGGUAGGCAUUCUUAAGGUCCACUGGUUGGAUUUAAGUUAUACAUUUGUCUUUAAUCUGAUUGAUUGAUUGAUAGCCAUAAAUUGGUAUUUAUAAUGCUGGCAAUAGGUUAUGAUCAUGCAGUUGUAAUCACGAAGAGUCUUACUACAUUUUAUUUGUCUUCCUAUGUUCUAGCGGGUGGUCUUCAGUAUGCCGGCGG